CCCACUUUGGGGAGUACACAUCCUCCUCCACAUGAUUAUGGGAGGGUUGAUGCAUAUCAAUAUUGUGAGGGCUUUCGUUUUCAAGAUUUGCUUCAAACUCAAGGAGGUUUCUCUCGAGAUAACCAACUUGUUUAUGGAGGACAUAAUUUAUAUGGGACUUAUGGGAGAGUUGAUGGUAAUGAUGAUGAUGUGAACAUUAGAAAUGAAGAUGAGGGAGACGGUAGUAAUGAGAGAGGUGUAUGUGAUGAGAGAGAUGUAUGUGAUGAGGAUCAAGAUGGUGUUCCAUCAUAUCACGGUUCAACAUCUUCUCCAUACAAUUAUGAUCAAAGUGUUAAAAGGAAGGGUUUUGACACGCCAAUAGAUCCAAUAACAAGAAAAAAAGAGCUUUGUUUGUAUGGAACAACAGAGUUUAAUAACUCAUCGUGUGGCCGUGCAAUCGGAGAUAUUUUGAGGUCCAAUUUUAAGGGAGCAUGGCACUCUUGGGAAAAAGUAGAUCCAAUGUGCAGGGAUGAACUCUUUAAAGAGUUUAAGAAAAAAUAUUCCUUUCCUGAGGAAGAUGAGUCGAUUGUUCGUAAUAUUUGGGAAGAUAAGGCUAGGAUAGCUUUGAAUCAACAAUUGACACGAGCUCGCAAGAAAGCCAUGUCAAAAGAAAACACUACAAAUAUUAUAGAUUGUCUUGAUAAAGGUCCUGCCUGGAUAAACAAUGAUGACUGGAAUCAAAUGAUCAAAGAUGUUUGGUCCACCUCUGAAUUUCAAAGGAGAUCUGAAUCUGCUAGGAGGAAUCGAUUAACCAAAACAGAUGGCAAAAUAAGCACUCAUUCUGGAGGAACAGUGUCAUUUGCAUCAUAUCGAGCUAACAUGCAAGAGGAAGCUGGUGGAAAAGAACCUCCAUGGGAUGAUGUCUUUUCAGCUUUGCAUCAAAGUAUUAAGCAAUCUGGUAGCUUCGUCGACAACAAGUCUAAAAAAGUGGUUGAAAAUUAUAAAAUGGAGAUGAUUUCAAAGUAUGGAACUGAUCGGGAAAAUCAUCCUUCAUUUGAUGGAGCAGCUUGGUGUGUGGCUUCAGGAGGAGUUACAAAGGGUAGGGUAUAUGGUGCACCUCGUAUGCCAAAAUCAAAAGUUAGUACAAGCUCUUCAUCACAUUCCUACUCGGUGGAGUCAUCAUAUCCCAGUUCAUCGUAUCGAGCAUUGCAAAAGGAGAUAAAGGAUAAAGAAGAGGAGAUAAAGAAAAAAGAUGAUUUUAUUCUUGAAAUGAAACGGCAGAUGGAUUCCAUGAAAGAAUAUCUUGUGAACAAUCUUGGAUACCAUGGUGGGACAUCAAAUAUUGAUCAAGGUAUGCCACCACCUUUGACUCCAUCAAUACCGCCACCUAUGGCUCCUCAGAUAAUGACACCUAUGGGUCCCGCAUCUCAACCAAUUUUUCGACCUACACCUCGACCUUUAUAUCCUGAUCAAUCUUGUGUUGAUCCACAAUAUCAUGGUUCGUCUUCGCAACCAGCACCAUGA